AUGUUGAACCAGAUCCAGGGCCGAGUCCCCCGCCGCUAUGUUGCGCUCGUGGUCUUCUUUGCCUUUGUCGCCCUCUUCCUCUGGCGUGGCUUUGAUGUCGUGCCUCGGCCGUCCACAGUCGGCAGAUUCAAGUAUGUGCCCAGCAGCUAUGACUGGAGCAAGGCCAAGGUCUAUCACCCCGUCAAGGGCAUGAAGGGGCUUCCGCAGGGCACACCCGUGACCUUUCCCAAGGUGCAGCUGAGGAAGCAUUCGGAGACUGAAGACGCCACUUCCAACGCUCGCAAACAGGCUGUCAAGAAGGCCUUCAUCAAGAGUUGGGAGGCGUACAAGACCCAUGCGUGGGGCAUGGACCAGUUGCAGCCGCUCUCUGGUAACGGAAAGGAAACAUUCAGCGGGUGGUCAGCCCAGAUAGUGGAUGCGUUGGAUACCUUGUGGAUCAUGGAUCUCAAGGAAGACUUCUUCCUGGCCGUCAAAGAAGUGGCGGUGAUUGACUGGGCCACGACCAAGGACAGCAAUACUAUCAACCUGUUCGAGGUGACUAUUCGAUAUCUUGGCGGGUUGCUGGCUGCCUAUGAUCUCUCCCAGGAGCCUGUCUUGCGCGCAAAGGCCAUUGAGCUUGGUGAUGCACUUUAUGCCACCUUUGAUACUCCGAACCGUCUGCCAUCACACUGGCUUGACUACAGCAAGGCCAAGAAGGGUGAGCAGACAGCCGAUGACAGCAUGUCGGGAGCUGCUGGUGGCACCCUCUGCAUGGAAUUCACCCGUCUGUCACAGAUCACGGGCGAUCCCAAGUAUUACGACGCCACGGAGCGCAUCAAGCAGUUCUAUUACCGCUUCCAGAACGAGACGUCCCUCCCCGGACUCUGGCCAGUGACCAUGAACUUCCGCGAUGAGCAGAUAAUUGAGACUCGAUACACCAUCGGAGCCGGCGCCGAUUCCAUGUAUGAAUAUCUGGUCAAGAUGCCCGUUCUUUUGGGAGGACUGGACCCCCAAUACCCCGAAAUGGCGAUCAAGGCGCUCGAUACCGCUAGGGAUCACCUGCUGUAUCGUCCCAUGACUCCAAAAGACGAAAACAUUCUCAUGGCUGGAAAUGCACUGGUGGACCAUGGCAAUAUUCAGCGAUUUUAUGAGAUGCAGCAUUUGACUUGCUUCGCAGGCGGCAUGUAUGCAAUGGCUGGCAAGCUGUACAAGCGAGACGACUAUGUCGAUAUAGGAUCCCGCCUCUCUUCCGGUUGCGUCUGGGCAUAUAACUCUUUCGCCUCUGGCAUCAUGCCCGAGGCGGCAGAUCUGGCGGGCUGCAAGAGCCUCGACGGACCAUGCCCAUACGACGAGACUCUUGCGCCGCUGAGUCAUGACCCGAGGAUCCCUCCCGGCUUCUUGGACAUCAAAAGUAGACACUAUCUCUUGCGGCCCGAAGCCAUUGAGAGCGUGUUUUACAUGUACCGCAUUACCGGAGACCAGGUUUGGAGGGAUACAGCAUGGCAGCUGUGGGAGAACAUUAUCAGAGAGACGGAGACGGAGCUGGCGUUUGCCAUUGUCGAAGACGUUACGGUGAGCAGGGGCACCAACGGCGACGUCAUGGAGACAUUUUGGCUGGCUGAAACGCUCAAGUACUUUUACUUGAUUUUCGACGAUGAAAGUGUGAUCGACUUGGAUGAGUGGGUGUUUAACACGGAGGCGCAUCCGUUCAAGCGGCCGAGAGUCUGAGGACGGCGUUCAAAGGCAUGUCUGGUGAUUUAUAUGCGUAUAGGUGAUGAGGAAGCAAUCUAGGAAACAAUCUGAGACGAGGAUUAUAGGGGU